GCCAUGAUGGAAAAGCCAUUCAAGUGUCCGUAUUGCGAGCACCGAUCAAAGGAGAAAAGUGGUCUUGAGAAGCAUGUCAGGUCCAUACAUACGCUGGAGGCUCCUUAUAAAUGUAAAUAUUGCAAUCAGUCUUUCAAAGUGCAAAGCAACAUGGUCCGACAUAUACGAGCUCAUACUGGAGAGAAACCUUACGCAUGCAAGAAAUGUGGCGUAAGCUAUGCAGAUAAGAAGAAUAUGGAUGCGCACGUGUUUCGAGAGCACCUGCGAAUGCGAGAGCUAGAAUGCACCGCGCCAGGAUGUUCAGCUCGGUUCUGGCGUCAUGAUCGUUUCGCCUUACAUUGUCUGAAAAGGCAUGGUACGGUACCACAGUUUCUCCAAUAA